AUGCUGAUUCGCCGUCGGGUAGAUGUCAUCCGGCAGCUGGUGACGGAACUUGAGCUGGUCAUGUCUGUGACGCUCGUACGCUCCUCAGAGAACCGCGCCGACGCCCUCACGCGAGUCCCAGUGGAGUGGGUGCGAGGUGACAAAGACGGAUCGGCAGUGAGUGUAGCAGCAGUAGCAGCAGCAUCAGCAGCUAGCAGUCGGGAUAGCAGCGUGGCGAGUGUCGCUGACGUUCACAUACGUGCUGGCCAUCCCGGCGUGCGACGCACACUCUUCUUUGCACGACGUGACAUCUCACGAGCAGUGACGCGUGCUGAAGCACGUGCUACUGUGCGGCAGUGUGAGAUGUUACCCACUACUCGUACCUCGGUAGCGCCUACCUGUCCCUUGUCGACUGCGGGCCGUCUCGGUUCGCUGUGUGGCGGCACUUACGUCGUCCAGAUGCGGACACCGUCGUCAGUCACCUGGAACAAGUCUUCUGCGAGCGAGGAGCGCCGGCGGAACUGCUCUGUGACAACGACACUCUUCCGAGGCCGGCGAUUUGCAGCUUUCGCGGCGCGCUGGGGCGUGUCGCUGCGCUUCAGAGGGGCAUACGCACCGUCUGGUAACGGCAUCGUGGAAAGGAACAAUCGCACGGUGAAGGUGAUAGCAGCGAGGAAGGGCUGCUCCGUUGCUGAGGCAGUCCACUUGUACAACGUGACGCCCCGGGACGGGGAAACUGUGGCAUCAGCUCCCGUGAGUGGUAUUUACCGGUACCGAGUACGAGACUGCGUGCGGCACGAUCAGGUACAGCAUGCCGUUCACACCUCCCCUGAUGUUGCAAGGAAGAACUACACGGUUGACGAUGCAGUGUGGGUUCGGAGGCGGGGCGAGCGCUGCACCUCAGCAUCGCAGCCCGGCGUCGUCACCAGGGUGAACUCGCCGCAGGUGGUAGAGGUUGAUGGAGUCCCACGACACGUCAGGGACUUGAGACACCGCAGCAGCCUAUCAGUGAACGAAGCUGGCACUCCAGAUGAACCGGGAGUAGAAGAUGAACCCCCGCUUCAUGUUGACGCGCAAAGCCAGCUGCUGCAGCCGCAGGUGGCUGAACCCCCACCUGAGGCACCACGAGAAGCCGUGCUUCGAAGGAGUACCCGUGAGCGGCACCCUCCGCAGCGAUAUUGUUGUGAUCCUGGAGAUCAGGGGGGGGUGUAA